GUUAUGGGCCAGCGGGUCCAAAUCUCCGACCCGUAAACCGACCGACCGCUCGCUCACCCCCCUUCUCUUGCCGGCGAUGACGCCGCCGCCGGCGGUCCCACCGGGGCGGAAGUCUCCAGCUGCGGUCCUCUUCCUCUGCUUGGUCACUACCUCAUUACUCAUGUUCAUACUCCUUGCCUCCUACACCCCCCGCCUUGAGCCCCACGGCCGCAGCCCCCACCGCCGCCUCAAGCUCCACCCCAAGAACUCCGCUGCCGUCGCUUCUUCCUACGGGGCCGGCGCCGUCCACGAAUCCGGAGGAAACCGCCACGCGGCGCCCUUCGACCCGGCCAUCGCCGAGCUGGAGCGGCGGCUGGAGGACAAGGAGUGGGAGCGCGAGCACUACCGCAUCCUCCAUGGCGACGCCGAGAAGGGCGACCACAUGAAGGAGUGGGAGGACUUCCUCAAGGAGGAAGAGGACUUCAUCAACGACGACGAUCGCUUCAACAUCUCCGAUCGCAUCCGCGCGCUUUUCCCCAAGAUCGACCUCAGCCCCGAGGACGGCUUCGUCUCCCUCGAUGAGCUCAUCAGGUGGAACCUCGAUCAGGCCAGGGCCGACCAGCUCCAUCGCUCCGCCAGGGAGAUGGAGCUCUACGACAAGAAUGGCAACGGAAUCGUCUCCUUCACUGCUUUCCAGACGCUGCGCCAACAGUCCCAUGGGGAUGGAAACUCACUCGGCUUCCCGUGGUGGAAAGAGGAGCACUUCAAUGCUUCGGACGUCAACGGGGAUGGUUUCCUCAAUAAAACUGAGUUUCACGACUUUCUUAAUCCAAGUGAUUCGGAGAAUCCUAAAAUUAUCAACUUGCUCUGCAGACAAGAAUUAAGGCAGAGAGAUAAAGAUGGUGAUGGAAAGUUAAACUUCGAAGAAUACUUUCAUGGGCUACAUGACCAUAUACAUGGUUAUGAUGACGAGAAUGCAGCUAUUUCUCAUAUUGGGAACAUGACAAUCGCAAAGGAGCGGUUUUCCAAGCUUGACAAAGAUAAUGACGGAUUCAUUUCAGGGCAUGAACUAGAACCUGUUCUUGAUAAGCUCCAUCUGUCAGAACGCUAUUAUGCCAGACAACAAGCCACACAUGCUAUUUCAGAGGCAGACAAAGAUCAUGAUGGAAGGCUAACACUGGAAGAGAUGAUCGAGAACCCCUAUGCAUUUUAUGGUAGUGUUUACUUUAGCGAUGACGAGGACUACUUCCAUGAAGAGUUCCGCUAAGGCAUCUGCAGACCGUAGGUAUCCUAACCACGAAAAGUGACGAACAAUCUAGCAGGAAAGAUUCCGAAUGCAUCAGUACUAAUCAAAAUGUUGUGUGAAUUUGUAUCUGGGCAGCGCACAGCUUAGAGUUAGCAUGGCUGCUUUGAUUCUCUAAAUUGUCUAGUGAAAUGAAAUGCCAUCUUCCUGGUGACAGGAGUCCAGUUCACAUGCCAGGUUAGUUUAGAUUAGCUGACACCGUCUCAGAUUUGUAAAACGCACGGAACUUGGUGGUGAAGAAUGAGAAAAUUGACAUUUGGCAGUGA